GGGGUUACACCCAUUGAUGCUCAGGGGUUACUCCUGGCUCUGCACUCAGGAACUACUCCAGGCAGUGCUCGGGGAACCCUAUGGGAUGCUGGAGAUCCGACCCCGGGUAGGCAGGCCUCGUGCAAGGCUGACGCCCUGCCCACUGUGCUACCGCUCCAGGUCCCCCCACCUCUGCCCAGUUCCAACCGCGGCCGCCGCGGACUUCCGGGAUUGUACACGCGCUUCCGGGAGCCCGGACGGCGUCGCCAUGGCAACCGACGUCGGGGCGCCCAGCAGGCCUUAGAGCGGGAAGACCGCUGCAAGGGUGCGAUCUACGGGCGCGCCACGGGCCCCCUCUCCCUUGGUGCCGGGGAAGGGCCCGGGGCAUGUGUCCCCGCGGGGCAGGAGGAAGAUGCUACAGACCAGCAACUACAGCCUGGUGCUGUCCCUGCAGUUCCUGCUGCUGUCCUACGACCUGUUCGUCAACGCCUUCUCGGAGCUGCUCCGCACGGCCCCCGUCAUCCAGCUCGUGCUCUUCGUCAUCCAGGACGUGGCCAUCCUCUUCAACAUCAUCAUCAUCUGCCUCAUGUUUUUCAACACCUUCGUCUUCCAGGCCGGCCUGGUCAGCCUCCUGUUCCACAAGUUCAAGGGGACCAUCAUCCUGACCGCGGUCUACCUCGCCUUCAGCAUCUCCCUCCACGUCUGGGUCAUGAACUUGCGCUGGAAGGACUCGCAGCGCUUCGUCUGGACAGACGGACUGCAGACGCUGUUUGUCUUCCAGAGGCUCGCGGCCGUGCUGUACUGCUACUUCUACAAGCGCGCGGCCGUGCGGCUGGGCGACCCGCGCUUCUACCAGGACUCGCCGUGGCUGCGCAAGGCCUUCCUGCAGGGCCGAAGGUGACCGCCCACCCCGCGCCGCAGACAGAGGACGCCCUUCCUUCCUGACCGAGUCCCAGGCAGCGCGGCGCUCUGCUGGGGCCAAGGCACGUGACCCGCCCCCCCCCCAUACAGCUGGCCCCGCCUCCGACAGGACCCCCGGGCGCAGCAGUCAAGGACACCCCGUGCAGAAGCUGCUCCCCACCCCCGACUCGGUUCUGCGCCAGCAACCCCCCCCCACACACCCUGCUCUCC